AUGGGUGUCUAUGUUGAUGCCAGAUUUUUCCCAAACAAAAAGACUGGAGACUGGAACCCGAGAACCUUGAAGUCCAACUUGCUAACUCUUCUUCAUCAAGUCGUGGAAAACAACCUUCUCCCAGUGAGCCAAGGCCACAUAAGCGAUGGCCAUCCCCAUGCCAUUCCAUUUCUGAGUUGGGAGGCCCUGAAGGAAUUCCACAGCAACUUCUACCACCCGCGUAAUGCCAUCAUAUAUGCAUAUGGCAACCUUGACGUGGACAACUAUUUUCAGCAUCUAGAUUCCGACUGUUUGGGGAAAUUCACUGUCCAGGAUCCCCCGCCAAAGGUUGUCUUUGAACCCAAUAACCAAGUAACCACUAUAACUAUCAUUGCUGUCCUCUCUUCCAGCGAUCCAUCUGCAGAUGCGACACUCAAGGUAUUUGCAGAUUCACUCGACUUCGCCCUAACGAAUGACUUCACUGAACAGGAGUUACUGGAGGCCAAGCUGUCGGUGUUCAAGGAGGUGGGCAAUCUUUGCCGUUGA